AUGUCACACCAAGCGGCCCAUCGACCCGUCCUAGACCACACUACACAGGUGUUAGGACGGAAGAGAACUCCAGCGCGGCCCGCCCUCGGUCCCCAUGCUCCUGGGCGUGUAGUGCUUCAUAUAUUCCUGUUCGUAGGUGCGGGGGUUACUCCUCCCCACUCGUGCGGUGCUCAAGGACGUGUAGGGAUAGCUCACCGCGCUGUCCGAAGAAGAUAA